CCCACUGGGCUGGCGCAGAAGGCCGUCUGCGUUGCGACAGCCUUCCUCGUCGAAAUAUCCUGGUCGUCGCCGUCUCAUCAAUUUCUCAUCUCAGCGAUCUCGAGCCAAUCAUCAGAGACUUGCUAGGGUUUUUGCUUCUCCGAACCCAAUCCCCUCUCGUCUCUCGCCCGCUUGGCGAACGCAGAUGGGGAAGGACGGGAAGGCGAAGGAGGCCAAGGGGAAGGGCAAGCAGGCGGCCAGCUCUUCCGAUGAUGCCGGAGGCGGCAAGGGAGGCAAGGGCAAGGGGAAGGGCGGCAAGGGAGGCGACGACCUCGGCACCUGCACCUACGUCAAAGCUAGGCACAUAUUGUGCGAGAAGCAGGGGAAGAUCAAUGAGGCGUACAAGAAACUGCAGGAUGGCUGGUUGGACAACGGGGACAAGGUCCCUCCUGCUGAAUUUGCCAAGAUAGCCCAAGAAUACUCUGAAUGUCCAUCAGGAAAGAAGGGUGGAGAUCUUGGAUGGUUCCCGCGUGGCAAAAUGGCUGGCCCUUUCCAGGAUGUUGCAUUUAACACACCUGUCGGAGCUACUAGUGCACCAUUCAAGUCUACGCACGGGUACCACUUCAUCCUGUGUGAAGGGAGGAAGAACUGAUCUGAAAGUAUCAUCCAGGUUUGGAACGCAAGCACCUCAGGCUAAUAUGGGAUGGCAGGAUGCAAAUGCCCUUGUCUUCUCUGUUGACUCAAUAAGUGCAUGUAGGCAUGUGUAUUUUGUGUUUAGCUUCCUUUCAUGCUGUCCCAAAAGAGUUGUCCAAAAUUGUGCUUGCUGUAAUUAACCUGUGAGGCUGUGGUUCCCAAUAUAACAUAUCCGUUUGGGAUAAGCUGAGAUUUAACAUGUGUUUAGAUGCCAUCAUCUCA